ACAUCGAUCAAGUUGAAUUUCUUGCUGAAGGUGGCUAUGGAAAAGUAUUUAAGGCUAAAUGGAAAAACGGUCCUAUUAAAUAUUAUGAUAAUAAAAAUAAAAGAUGGCGCAGAGCUGGUGAGACUGAAGUUGUUCUUAAGAGUAUAAAAAAUUUAAAGGAUGUGAAAGAGGAAUUUUUUAAAGAGGUACAUAAUUUAAUUUAUUUAGAUGCAAAUUUUCAUCUUCUAAGAUGGGAACAAAAAUUAGAACUUUUAUACACUGCAAUUAAAGGCCUUUUUGAUAUCCAUGAAAAAAAAUUAGUACAUAAUGAUUUUCAUAGUGGUAAUAUUAUUGUCUCAGACAAUGAAUCAUAUAUUUCUGAUUUUGGAUUAUGCAAAAAUGUUAAUUCUGAAACAGAGUCUGAAGCCAAGUCUGAAGCCAAAUCUGAAGUAUUUGGAGUUUUGCCAUACAUUGCACCAGAAGUACUACGUAAAAAACCAUAUAAAAAAGCGGCAGAUAUCUAUUCUUUUGGAGUAAUUAUGAAUCAGGUUGCAUCAGGCUAUGCACCAUUUCACGAUUAUAAACAUGAUACUGACCUUGUACUUCAAAUUAUCGACGGGGAACUCCGCCCAAACAUUGAUGUUAAUAACACACCACAAUCUAUUAUUAAAUUAAUCCAACGUUGCUGGAGUCAAAAUCCCAAAGAACGGCCAGUUGCUAUUGAAUUGCUUAAUGAGCUUCGUAGUUAUAGGGGAAAAGACCAUGAAAUAUGGAAGGAAAUUGAAAAAAUCGAAGAAAAUAAGAAUUUUAAUAUAUCACCACAGGAAGCAUCGCUAAAAUACGAAACAUCCAAACAAGCAUUCUAUACUAGUAAACGCUAUUAUGUUCCAGAAACAAGUAAACACGAUUAUAAUUCAGAAACAGAAUCUCUGAUUCUUCCAUCCGAUCCAUCCGAUUCUGAUUAA